AUGGAAAGCUUCAAGCUCUGCUUGCUGGCCUUCCUUCUCCCCUUCCUCUUCCUCGCCCUUGUCGCCACCGGAGAGACCGGAGACGAGCUUAGCACGUACGUCAUCCACGUGCAGCCCCAGGAGAGCCACCUGUUCGGCACGUCCGACGACCGGAAGGCGUUUCACCAGUCCUUCCUCCCAGAGCACGGCCGUCUGCUUCACUCGUACCACCAUGUCGCUAGCGGCUUCGCAGCCCGGCUGACGCGGCGCGAGCUCGACGCGAUCGCUGCCAUGCCCGGGUUCCUCGCCGCGGUGCCGAACGUGAUCUACCAUGUGCAGACGACGCACACUCCACAGUUCCUCGGGCUGAACACGGACCUGGGCACGAGGAACCUCUCCGUCGGGUUGGGCGACGGCGUCAUCGUCGGGGUGCUCGACACUGGCAUCUUCCCCGACCACCCCUCCUUCAGCGGCGCAGGCAUGCCGCUGCCGCCGGCCAAGUGGAAGGGCAGGUGCGACUUCAACGGCUCCGCAUGCAACAACAAGCUGAUCGGCGCCCGGAGCUUCAUCAGUGGCAGCAGCCCCGGCACCCCGCCGACGGACGAGGAAGGCCACGGCACACACACGUCGAGCACCGCGGCGGGAGCCCUCGUGCCGGGCGCUCAGGUGCUCGGUCAGGCCAGCGGCGUGGCGUCCGGUAUGGCGCCACGCGCGCACUUAGCCAUGUACAAGGUCUGCGAUGACUUUGGCUGCGCCAGCGUCGACAUCCUCGCGGGCAUCGACGCUGCCGUGUCUGACGGCUGCGACGUCAUAUCCAUGUCGCUGGGCGGGGAGUCGCUGCCGUUCUACCAAGACAGCAUCGCUGUCGGCACGUUCGCCGCCGCGGAGAAGGGGAUAUUUGUCAGCAUGGCAGCCGGAAACUCCGGUCCACUCAACAGCACGCUGUCGAAUGAGGCGCCCUGGAUGCUCACCGUAGCCGCCGGCACAAUGGACCGUCUGAUCCUCUCCAAGGUGAUCCUCGGAAACGGCGUUUCCUUCGACGGCGAGUCCGUCUACCAGCCAAACACCUCGUCGUCCGCUGUCCCGUUGGUCUACGCCGGCGCGAGCUCGACACCUUUCGCCCAGUUCUGUGGCAACGGCUCACUGGAUGGCUUCGACGUCAAGGGCAAGAUCGUGCUCUGCGAGCGGGGGAACAACGUCGCGAGGAUUGAUAAGGGAGCCGAGGUGCUGAGAGCAGGAGGCGCCGCCAUGAUUCUGACCAACCAGUUCAUCGACGGCUACAGCACACUCGCUGACGCGCACGUGCUCCCAGCCUCGCACGUCAGCUACGCCGCCGGAGUGGCGAUUAAAAACUACAUCAAUUCUACCGCAAACCCGACGGCCCAGAUCUCAUUCGGAGGCACGGUCCUCGGCACGUCGCCGGCGCCGGCAAUCACCUCCUUCUCCUCCCGUGGCCCCAGCAUCCAGAACCCCGGCAUUCUGAAGCCCGACAUCACGGGCCCCGGCGUCAGCGUUCUCGCGGCGUGGCCGUUUCAGGUCGGCCCUCCAAGGUUCGACUUCCGGCCGACCUUCAACAUCAUCUCCGGGACUUCCAUGUCCACGCCGCACCUCAGCGGCAUCGCCGCGCUGAUCAAGAGCAAGCACCCAGACUGGUCGCCCGCGGCGAUCAAGUCCGCCAUAAUGACCACCGCCGACUUCAAUGACCGCUCUGGCGCACCGAUUCUCAACGAGCAGCAUAAGCCAGCCGACUUAUUCGCCACCGGAGCCGGCUUCGUCAAUCCGGAGAAGGCCGUGGACCCUGGCCUGGUCUACGACAUGUACAACGAUGGCUACAUCGGCUACCUCUGCGGGCUGUACACUAAUCGGGAGUGCUCGGUGAUCGCGCGCCGCCCAGUGGACUGCAGUGCCGUGGCGGUGAUCCCGCAGUCCGCGCUGAACUACCCGUCAAUAUCGGUGGCGUUCGUGAAGGAUUGGAACCCGUUGGCUCCGGUGGUAGUCGAGCGCACGGUGAAGAACGUCGGGGAGGCGACGGCGAUGUACCGCGCCGAGGUCGACAUGCCGGCGGGAAGCGCCGUGAACGUCACCGUUACGCCGAACGUGCUCUGGUUCGGCGGUAAGGUCCAGAUGCAGAAAUUCAAGGUGCUCGUGUUCCCGAUCAAGGACAGCGCCACGGCGGUGCAGGGCGCCAUCCGGUGGGUGUCAGACACGCACACCGUGAGGAGUCCCGUCUCGGCCACCUUCCCGUCACACUAG